AUGGAUCCCUCCCCACCACAAGAACAUCCAGUAACAGCAGCUGAAGCUAACGGCGAAGGAAGGGAAGAUCUGCGAGCUGAAGGAACAACUGAGAGCACCGGCAGCGUCUCUAUGACAUCUCCGGAAAAAAAAGACUCCGGCCAACAAAGAUGUCGGGUAACUGUGCAAUUGGAACUCCAUCUGGUAAACGCGAAAUGGCCUCCUGAAAAUGAGGCUGUCUUUGUGAAUAUUUUGUUGGAUGAAGUGCUGUUGGGAAACUGUGUAACCGAAAAAUUCACACCCAAUCAAUGGUUGACCAUUCUUGGGAAAUUGACCGAGCAGUGUCCAACCUUCUACCCUUAUAAAAUAAAGCAGUUGCACAACAAGUACCAACGACUGAAAGUAUAUUGGAAAAGGUUCCAUACCCUCCUUACGAAAACAACUGGAUUGUCAUGGGAUGCCGAGAAAAAAGUUAUUAAGGGCAGCGAGGAAGCUUGGCAACGUUGGACAACUGCAAAUCGAAAGGAUCAUGACUUGGAGAACAGGACGUGUGUGAACUACGAGGAAUUGACUACUAUUUUCCACGGGACGACUGCUACGGGGUCGAAUACAAGGGCAUCGACUCAAAGGUUGGCCGAGGAAUGA